AUGGGAUGCUUAGUGUUCUUUAUCAUCCUACUUUCCAUUCCUAAAUGUUAUUCCCAAUCUAAAGAGUUCAAUAUCAUCCAAUUUGGUGCAACAGCGGAUGGGAAAACAGAAAGCACCAAGGCAUUAAGUGAGGCAUGGAGAGAAGCUUGUGGACAUAACGGACAUGGUGUAGUUUUAGUACCAGCGGGGAGAUUCCUAAUUUUGCCGUUGGUGCUUGAAGGUCCAUGCAAAGUAUCCAUUGGUCUGCUUAUUCAUGGUGAACUGUUGGCUCCUGUCAGCAAGAAUUUCGCCACGGGUGGAUACUGGCUAAGUAUCUCCAAAGUCGACAACUUGUUCGUUGAUGGUUCUGGCAGCUUGAACGGCGGCGGUUCUUCAGCUUGGCCUUCCGACACUUCUAACCGUCCAGUUUCGAUGAAACUUUCUAGUGUCAACACUGCAAGAAUUUCAAAGAUAACAUCGUCCAAUAGCAAAUUCUUCCAUUUUGGUGUGCAUGGAUGUCGUGAUGUCACGUUUGAUCACGUUACAGUGAUAGCUCCAGCAGAUAGCCCCAAUACAGAUGGAAUUCACGUUUCCAAGUCAAGUGGUAUCAAUAUUAUGCAUUCAGUGAUUCGCACCGGAGACGAUUGCAUCUCUCUAGGCCCUGGAAGUAAAUUCAUCAACAUAACAGACAUCCAGUGUGGUCCAGGUCAUGGAAUUAGUAUCGGUAGCCUCGGAAAGUACCCCAAUGAAGAAGAUGUCUCUGAAGUCACAAUAAGAGACUCCACAUUUGUUGGCACAGACAACGGUGUGAGGAUCAAAACAUGGUCAUCUUCAUUUUCUAGUUUUGUUAGCAAGAUCGCUUUUCUCAAUCUCGAAAUGAAGGAUGUAAAAAAUCCUAUCAUCAUUGAUCAGAAAUAUUGCCCUGAUUGCAAGGAAGAUAAAAUGAGUAACUCAAAAGUGCAGAUUCGAGACGUGAGAUACGAAGACAUAAGGGGGAGUUCAACAUCCCAAGUGGCAGUAAGUUUUGAAUGCAGCCAAGUUUGUUCAUGUGAAAGCAUAGUGUUACAAGACAUUAACCUCUCCUACAAAGGUGAUGGCCAACCAACUUCCAUUUGUCACAAUGUGCAGGGGUCUGCUUCUGGCAAACAAUUUCCUUCCUCUUGCCUUUAA